CAGCUCGCGCCCGAACCGGAAAUCAGCUGAGCUAAAUUAGCUUAGCAUAGCUCAAUGUGGCAGCAGUGGACCACACAUGGCUUCCAGCUGUAUCAAGUCGAACCGGCUGAAACAGAAGAAAGCGGGCAGUUUCUCAGUUUUGCAAAGCGGUCGCGGGAAGUGCACCGGUGCUCUGCGGCCACUGUUUGUCUCCCUGCCCCAGAUCUUCAUCUCUCUUCAUCACUCUCUCAGUAUGGUGAGGAGUUUUGGGAGAAAAUCCUCAGAUAUCCGAGUGAGAAAGCAGCGUGCUAUGAUCCGGGCUGUGGAGAUCCGUUAAACAUGUUCUACAGAGAACCCACCGAGAUGGUGUGUACAGGAGUGAGAGGAGUGAGGGAAGAGAACCUCUCGGUGGACACUCUGCCGUCUCCGGCUCAGCUGAUGGGCAGAAGGAAGAAGGGAAGAGGACGAGUGCAGAGAAGAGACGCAGCACAGAGACAAGCAGCUGCGGUCACACAGCACAUCGGAGACCUGAGGAGGAAACAGAGCGCCGUAGAUCAGAUGAAGACGGAGAAGUGGUGGGGUUCGACGCUGGGUUACCCUCCAGAGAACAGCUGCUCUUUAGAUGUCAUCAAUCUGACUCCUCCAGAGACUCCGUGGCGUUUGGAUCCGUCUCACACACACGCGCAGUAUUCUGCCCCGAGUCCAACACACCUGAACACCGGUACCAUUAACCCACAGGUGUUUGGUGGCUGUGAGGAGAUGAUGGAUCUCGCUCCCGGUGGAAACCCCAUGAUGUCGUUUGUGGUGACGGGAACAGCGCACAGAGAGGCACGGAGGAACUGGGACACGCCCUGUCUGGACUCGCCAUAUGUAGCCACGCCCCAUCUGGACACGCCUUAUCUACACAAGCCCCAUUCGUUCUGGGGUUUCCCCUCGAUUAAAUAAGAUAGACCCUUUUUUUUUUUUUUUUUUUUUUUUUUAAUGUUCAUGAAUUUAUUUAGCGUUCCUGUUCUCUUCAGAGAUUUUAAUUCUGAUUAUCAUUUUUAUUGACAUGUUUACCAUCAGCAACAAUAAUCAUUAGUGUUUCCUGUUUGUUAUUUACUUCUGGUUUGUGUUUACAGGCAAGGUGUUGUGUGCUGUUCUGUCGAUAAGCCUGUGCAUUAAAGUGGAAAACGUUUUAAGAUUUUAUUAAAGAUUCUGUCAUUCAGAAUAAAUUCUACAUUAAAUGAAUAAAAUGAUAAAGAUGUCACGUCAAACUCAUCUUUCUCUUUACUGCCAUAAACAUUACAUAUGAUUUAAGUUUGCGAUGUGAUUAAAUGAUUUGGAUCGAUCAAUUUGCAUAUUCAUGUGUAUUUAAAUAUUCUGGCAUGUUUAAUGAGGAUGAAGGGUUUAGAUUUUUAU